AUGUAUUGGAAGAGUGACCCGAUGUUCGUCUGCAGGCUGGAGGACAAGGACUUGCCCGCGCUCGGGGGCCCGGCGGAGAAGGCCAGCCCCGCAGCAGCUGACGAGGACUCUUCCUCCGCUGCCCUGUCACCCUCCUCAUCUCCGCGGUCCAUGGCCUCAGGCUCGGGCUGCGCCCCCGGCAAAUGCGUCUGCAGCAGCUGCGGCCUGGAGAUUGUGGACAAGUACCUGCUCAAGGUAAAUGACCUCUGCUGGCAUGUGCGCUGCCUCUCAUGCAGCGUUUGCAGAACGUCCCUGGGAAGGCACACCAGCUGCUACAUCAAAGAUAAAGAUAUCUUCUGCAAACUUGAUUAUUUCAGGCGCUACGGCACCCGCUGCUCCCGCUGCGGGCGGCACAUCCACUCCACCGACUGGGUGCGGCGGGCCAAAGGGAACGUGUACCACCUGGCGUGCUUUGCAUGCUUCUCCUGCAAAAGACAGCUCUCGACUGGAGAGGAGUUUGCUUUGGUCGAGGAGAAAGUCCUUUGCAGAGUACAUUACGACUGCAUGUUGGACAAUUUGAAAAGAGAAGUUGAAAAUGGUAAUGGGAUUAGUGUGGAAGGAGCAUUACUAACAGAACAAGAUGUUAAUCAUCCAAAACCAGCAAAAAGAGCUCGGACCAGCUUCACAGCAGAUCAACUCCAGGUUAUGCAAGCACAGUUUGCUCAGGACAACAAUCCAGAUGCACAAACACUUCAGAAACUGGCAGAAAGAACAGGCUUGAGCAGGCGUGUUAUACAGGUAUGGUUUCAGAAUUGCAGAGCACGCCAUAAGAAACAUGUUAGUCCUAAUCAUUCAUCUACUGCUCCUGUCACAGCAGUUCAGCCCUCCAGGUUGUCCCCACCCAUGUUAGAAGAAAUGGCAUACUCUGCAUAUGUACCCCAGGAUGGGACUAUGCUCACUGCUCUGCACAGCUACAUGGAUGCUCAUUCACCUACAGCUCUUGGACUUCAGCCUUUGCUACCCCAUUCAAUGACACAACUGCCACUAAGUCAUACCUAAUUCCUUUUCAUCAGGGAUCUAAACUAUUAAAGAUGUAACCUUAAGUCAUAGUGUAUUGAAAAUAUCAUUGGAAAGAUAUUAAUGUUAACUUUUUAUUUAACACCCAGAGCAUUUUCAAGAAAAUUUUUGCCCAGGUAUGUACAUCUAUUUAGCCUGCAAGACACUUUUAUGGAUUCUGCAUAAGUAACUAUUACAUUGUUUACAAGCCUUAUUAAACACCUUUUUGUAUUGUCUGGAAGUAGUCCGCUCUAGUUGUGUGUGUUAAUUUAUUUGUCAUCAAAAGAGCACUUUGCCUAAAAGAAAGGACUGACAAUUGUGCAAAAUGUUUACAAUUCUUUGUGAAAUUGUAGUUUAUCAUUAGUUUGUAUUUGUAAGUUAUUGCUAAAAGUAUUACCUGUAUUUGAGUUGUAUACAGCCUAUAUGUUAAAGCUUAUUUCUGUGAGUUUACAAAAAUAAAUUUUGGUUGCAAAUAUUUUCAAAAAUAACUGAAUAAAGUUUCUGCUGUAG